UCGGCAUGCUGACGAUGAUGAAUGAAGAGCUACGUGAUAUUCCGUUAUUCUACGUGCUGGAUGGAAUCUGCAGCGUUGCGGAUGUGUCAUCAACAAAGAUGACAAAAUUCAGGUCGGCGUUGCUGCAUGCAGGAUUCCGUGUAUCUGGCUCUCACUGUCAUAGUGGCGCCAUCAAAACAGAUGCCCCCAGUGACGUCAUCUGGGACAUCGUUCGCUGCUUGGCGAAAGAGGAAGGUAAACUCGGCAGGUCAGUGGCCGGAUCUAAGGCAGAGGCGAUCCUGCGCAAGGAACCACUAUUGAGCGCCAACUUUGCGAUACACCCCGACGCCGAAGCAGCAUCGAAGCAAAAAGGUCUUCUACGAUUCCAGAGAAACCCUCUGCCGAACUGGGGACCCAAACUCAAAGCCAGACAGAGGCAAAGUGACGUGAGUGAGAAUUCUGGAGAGAGACGGAACGAGAGCAGCGAGGAAUACAUGGCGAGAAUCAGACACGAACGCCAGGGAACGAAAAGGAAACUGAAGAAGUUGAGAAAUCCAAAAGAUCUGAAAAGGUUCACCUGUAAGAGAUUCACACGGGGAGAGUGCACGCUGGGUGACCGCUGCUGCUACUCACACGACGGCCCCGCCGUCAGCAGCGCAAGAAUGUCUGCAGGCGCUCACCAGGUGUCGCUGAUCGAUGGCGGCCCGGCGGAAGAGGCAGGCAGGAAGGACUACGACGCAGAUAUGUUCACGGAAGACGUAAACCACCUCACGAUUUAUAGCCGCGUCAGACAAACGAACAAAUAAAUAAACACAAACACGAUUUAGCCGCGCCAGAUAAACAAAUAAAUAAAUAAAUAAAUACGAGGCCGGCUGACACGUUAUAGCGAUUAUAGCGAUAGAAGUCACUAGUUAGUAGUUCAUUGUUGCACUCCAGUUCUGGUUUGGUCUUAUGAUCUUGGUUUUGUGGCAGCAUCU